GGUUAUACUACUGUCAUGUGGCUUCGAUUUUUUGACUGAACGAUGGCGAGCAACAGGAAUGCCAACAUAGCGGCUGUUCGGAAUUGCUAUAACUUGAACUGUGUGCAGCCUGGACAUAUUUCCAGAUACUGUCCCUUUCCUGACCGGGGUCUGAAUCAACCUUCUGUGUCCAUGACUAUUGUGCCAUCUCAGACUCCUUUGCUGACUGCGCCUGCGGCCAAUGGUGCUGCAGCUGUGCAAACUUAUCCUAGUCAAUACUCCAACGGAGGUGGUUGGCUUGGGAAACGUGUUUCCACACUAGAAGAAAGGGUAGCUAAGCUUAGUAUUAGGCACGAUGCAGAGGAGGCUAGAGAACGAGCUGAACGAGAAGAUGCUGAAAAGAAGAAAUGGGAAAAAGAAGAAGAGGAACGGCGCCAGCAUGAGAAACAGGAACGAGAGGAGCAGCAAUCGAAGAUGCACAAGGAGAUGGGUGAGAAAUUGGAUAAGGUUGUCGAAGCAAUUAAUGGGAAGAAGGCAAGUGAGGGUAAUCAAGUAGCAAGGCUGAAAGCUGAAGUCGAGAGGUUGAGUCGACCAAAUGCUGGUGCAAGCACUUUGGCUACA